AUUCUGAAAAAAUGACAUCUGACAAAAUAUGAUUUUUUACACAAGCGACGCCGUUUACAAAUAAUAUGUGUUUUAAAAUUUAACAUUACUCUAAAAAUGCAGUACUUACAGUUAUUAUUUAUUUGCUCAUAUAUAUUUAAUAAAGUUUCAUCUAAAAUAAAUUAUUGUGGUGCUACAAUGUGCGCGGGAACUGAUUCACACACAUUUUGUCAACAUUCUAAAGGUCCUGGCCCGCUGUGCACGGGUCUGAUGCCGGCGAGCCUUAGCAAGGAAGAGAAGAUGCGUAUCUUAACGCGGCUGAACCAUCGACGUAACGAUGCCGCACUCGGUCUACUUGGAAACCUGCCAGCAGCUGGGGACAUGCUCAACAUGCGUUGGGUGGAAGUUCUGGCGCGCGAAGCGCAACUAUGGGCCGAUCAAUGCGCACCGCCUAAGUUCCCCGAAGAUCACGACGUGUGCAGAGAUCUGUACUCUUUGCCGGUGGGCCAGAACGUAGCGUCAGUAGUGGGCGAGGCGCCCGGCCUUCGUGUGGAGUCUCUCGUGGACUUAUGGUACAUGCAGGGCAGGCACUACAAGGGAAACAUCUCUUCAUACGUUCCACCAACACAAAACAGCAGUUACUACGGUGAUUUCGCACAAAUGUUGUGGUCGAAGACGUUCAUGGUCGGCUGUGGUCGAAGUAGAUUUAUGUCGAUGUGGCAAGAUCGACCGCGCACGGUGGAGCGGCUGGUAUGCAACAUGGCGCCGCGCGGACCGCGCCCGGAGCAACCGCUGUGGCAGGUGGCGCGCCCUGCUAGUCUGUGUCCGCCACGGACCACGCAAGCCACGCAUAAUCCAGGACUCUGCAUAGUCAAUGACAGUCUGAAGUUUGAUAAGAAACAUUAUAGAAUGCCUGUUGAAGAUUCUGUUCUUUUAAGUACAGUGUUGGAGUUAGAUAGGAAUUCAUCAUUUGAUAGUGUUGAAAACUUAGACGAAAUAUAUCUGGCAAAAUUAGCAGGGAUAAUGUUGGAAAAGUCAAAUAACGAUCAGCAAGAAAGUGAUCCAAUUAACGUCACAGAAAUUAUUGGAAAAAUGGGAAUCAAAUUCGAAGAUUUUAAUUCAUUCAAUAAAAGGAUUGCGAAUGAACGAAGAAAAAUUAGAAGGUAUAUGAACAAUUAUAGUAAAUACAGGAGAAAGUUAAGAACUGUCGGACGACCAAAAGCUUAUUACUUAUACGAAUUAAGUAAAGAAGAAGACUUAAAGAGAACAAAAUAUACUGUUGAUAUAAAUCCAGUCAUAGCGAAAGAAACUAAAGAGUCACUUAUCGAGGAAGUCACAAAGGAAAAUGAAGAAGUACCUACAAUUGAGACAGAAUUAUCAACAAAUGGCAUUGAAGUUUCAGAUGUAGAAAUAUUAAAUUCUGAACCAUCAAGUAAAACAAAUACACAAGAUGAGAAAAGAAUCACAGAAAUAGCAGUUAAUUCAACUGUCAAGACUACAGAAGAAGCUCCAUUAAAUUCAAGUAUCAAUUUAACACAAGAAACGUCGACAAAGUCAAGUAGCAUUGAAAGCAAAAGUUCAGAAAUCAACGACGAUUUAAUUAAAGAAUAUUUAUCAGACCCUGAAACCGCCCGCGAACUGCAAGAGACAAUAAUGCGCAUGGAGCACACAAUGUCCGGCCAACCUAUGGGAACCGACAUGACGCCAAUGUUAGUGCGACCACCAACACCUAUGCCUACAUACUAUACGAAGGUACGUCGAGAACUAAAGACAACGCAGAGUGAAGAAUUCAGAAGAUUUAAGAAAAUGUUCCAGAAGCGAACACAGACUCCUAUCCCUGGAGAAUAUGAUAAAGAGGAUAAGGAUGAUAAAGAAGACGGAGAAAAAGAAGGAGAAUCAAUAGUGAUUGGUAACAAACGUACUGUACUGCAGUCUCUUUUGAGUUACUUACCCAAUAUGAGAUCUCUAGGUCUGAUUUCCGGUUCAGAAUACGGCGUCGCUUAUUCUAUCAAACCGUCAUAUUUGUUAAUAUUAUUUAGUUGUUUUUAUAUUUUUUUAUAGUUUAGAUUUAAUAUUUAUUAAAGUUUAUUUUUU